GGUCAUCACAGUGAUUUGAGGACAAGUGGUUUUGUGUGUAAUUCUGUUAGUAACAUUGAAUUCGGUGACACUGAUGUGCACGUUUAUUGAAGGAGAAGUUCCGACGGAGGGAUGACAGUAUCGAACGAAUCAUGAACCGAAAACAAGAGAUGGAAAAUGCCCAGAAAGAGGCAUUUGACAUGAAUAUGCAAAAUUUACGAGAGUUCCUGACAUUGUAUGCGAGCCUGACUGAGCGAUGUUUCUGCAACUGUGCAGUUUUACAACAUGACAGUAAAUUGUCAGCACAGGAGAAAGCAUGUGUAGAAAACUGCACCGAUAGAUAUAUAUCAUAUAAUCAAAGACUGAUGCCAACAUUCGCAGAGCACUACCAGGCGAAAAUGAAGGAGGCUGAGAAAGCAGCUUUAGAACAAAUGGAAAAAGUGAAACAGGAGGAGGCAGCUAAAUCUAAAGAGCAGACAACUCCAACCUAACUGAAACACUUGAUAGAAAAGUCGAAAAAUUUAGAUCUUAUCACCUUCCUUUUCUAACCACAUUUUAACUUAUUAUCACAUAAGGGGUCAUGAUAUCAUUUUGUUGUAAGUUCAGGAUUGAUGAAAAUGGGACUCGAAUGUAGUAAAAACAAAAUGAAAUAAGUAGAUUUGAGGCUUGCUUGUUUUAUUUCUAGGAUGUAUUGUGAUUGAAUGUUAGAGUGUUUUAUCAAAUUGUAUGUACAUUUGUUUUGUUUACAUAUCAUGUGUACAAUUGUUUUAACAAGCAAUAAAUUCAUGUAAAAAUCAAA